AUGUCUGUUAUCGCUUCCAACAUCCCCUCGCACGUCCCCCCAGCCAAGGUCUCUGAAUUCUUUUCCUUCUGCGGAAAGGUCUCUGACUUGGUGCCCCUUGAAGACAAUGGCAAGACAAAAAAGUAUCAAGUGGUGUUUGCCAAUAACAAAGCUGUAUCUACAGCUCUAUUGUUGAACGACGCUGAACUUGACAAUGCUUUCAUCAAGGUCGAAGAAGACUUGGAACUCACGGACGGAGCUAAAGGGUUGGCUCCUCAACAAGGCGGUGCAGGUGCAGGUGCAGGUGCAGGUGCCGCGGAAGCUCAACAGCAGAAAGGAGAUAUCAGGGACACGUUGAGUGGUGCUGUUGGUGCUGGCGGAACCGCCACUGGAGGCGGAGGAGUUGAAAACGAUUCGAUCAAGACUGGCGACAAGACAUACGACGAUGUCGAGCAAGAAGAGAAACCAAAAUACGCCAUAUUGGCACAGUUGUUGGCCGAUGGAUACGUUCUAUCAGACCCUAUCAUUGAGCGUGGUUUGGAGUUUGACAAGAAAAACGGGGUUUCGCAACGCUUCCAGUCGUUUAUUUCUUCAUUGGAUAAGAAGUACGUUCAUUCGCAGGAUCCGGAAUCGACAGUCAAUCAACAGUUGCAGAAAGCCCAAUCGACGUUUGCUAGCUCUGGGUUGCAGAAGUACUUUGACAAUGCAAUCAGCUCGCCAUUGGGACAAAGGAUUCACAAGUACUACCAAAGUCUUGCUGGUGACGUGAAGGAUGUCCACGAAGAGGCGGUUAGAUUGGCCAAGAUUAAGAAAGAGGAGAAGGAGAAGGAGAAGCAAACGGUUGCUGGCUCUGGUGCAAGUGGCGAUAUUCCAGGCUCAAGUGCAACGGAAAAGAGCACAUGA